AUCUGGUAACAACCAGCUAUCUUUCAAAAUGAAAUUUCUCGUAGUGAUCUCUGUUGCUAUGUUGGCUAUGGCUUCGGCUGAUGUGGCUGAGCACCAACCAGUUAUCGUCAAACAAUCCCAAGAUAUUUCGCCUGACGGAUCCUACUCUUAUUCCUACGAAACAGAUAAUGGAAUUUACCACUCUGAAAGUGGAGCUCCAGUGGUGACAGAUGCAAGGAGCGCACCUGUUGUUGUUACCCAAGGAGUGUAUCAAUAUACAUCCCCCGAUGGUACACCAAUUAAGGUGACAUAUGUUGCCGAUCAUAACGGAUUCCAACCACAGGGCGAACAUAUUCCAGCUAUUUCUCCAUUGAUUCAAAAGGCUCUUGAAUACAUCAGAACGCAUCCACCACAAUCCGACCAGCCUAACCUAUAAAUUCACGUUCCGCUUUCUUUACCAACUUCCUCCACGUCGCCAAAUGAGAUUACAUUUUGUACAUAACAAGUGCACGAUAAUAAACAUUUAUUGAAAGUUCUUAUGAUAAAGACGUUACUCCUUAUCGUUCUUUGCUUUAAUUACAUAUGCAUAUAACAAUUACGUGUAUAACGUACAUAUAACUAGUAUACAAUUUUGAAUUAAAGUGGAGAAACACUUGAUAACACUAGUGUGAGUUGUUACACGUUACACACUUCUGCAUAAUUAGGCUCCAAAUGAAAUUAGCCGCCAUUGU